CAGGGCGAUUGGAUGUCAACGCUACUUGUCAGGGUCACUCUUUCAGAUUUAAAGGCGUCAUGUUUCCUGACGUAGCGGACAUAGCUUAGACCAAAGCUACAAAUAACAUUCAGAUUUUUAUUAAGGUUGGCAAAUACUGUGUAUCCCGAUGUCAGAUACUUCUGGCGUUAUUCCUAACAUGCCUAUUAGUUCACACCAGUCAUCUGGUGCUAAGUCUACUGCAGCAAAGCGAAAAGAAAUCUAUAGGUACAAUGCUCCAUGGUGUAUUUUUAGUAUGAAUUGGUCUGUCAGACCAGACAGACGCUUUCGUUUGGCUGUGGGUAGCUUUAUUGAGGAGUACAAUAACAAAGUACAAGUUAUCUAUUUGGAUGAUGAACAAGGCGAAUUUGUCGUACAGAGUACAUUUGCUCAUCAUUACCCAACAUCAAAGAUUAUGUGGAUUCCUGACACAAAGUGUAUCUUUCCUGAUUUGCUUGCAACAAGUGGAGAUUACCUUCGUGUUUGGAGAAUAAAUGAUGAUUUUGAAGUCAAGAAUGAAUGCUUAUUGAAUAACAACAAAAAUUCAGAUUAUUGUGCUCCACUGACUUCUUUUGAUUGGAAUGAAGUAGAUCCAAAUAUUAUUGGUACUUCUAGCAUUGACACUACUUGCACAAUAUGGGCCCUUGAAACGCAACAGGUGAUUGGGCAUGCAAAUGUUGUCAGUGGACGCGUGGAAUCACAGCUAAUUGCUCAUGAUAAAGAAGUGUACGACAUAGCUUUUAGUCGUGCUGGAGGUGGAAGAGAUGUUUUCGCCAGUGUUGGUGCGGAUGGAUCCGUACGUAUGUUCGAUCUUCGACAUUUAGAACAUUCUAACAUUGUCUAUGAAGAUUCAAAUCAUUGCCCACUUUUGCGUCUAGCUUGGAACAAACAAGAUGCUAACUAUCUCGCAACAUUUGCAAUGGACUCUGUAGAAAUAAUUAUUUUGGACUUACGAGUCCCAUGCACCCCAGUUGCCCGUCUAAACAAUCAUAGGGCAUUUGUAAAUGGAUUGGCAUGGGCACCUCACUCAAGUUGUCAUUUAUGCACAGCAUCUGAGGAUUGUCAAGCUCUUAUCUGGGAUAUCCAAUCAAUGCCAAGAGCGAUAGAAGAUCCUAUAUUAGCGUAUACAGCUGCUGGUGAAAUAAAUCAAAUUCAAUGGUCAUCAACACAACCAGACUGGAUAGCUAUUUGUUAUAAUAAUUCAUUGGAAAUUUUACGAGUUUAAUAUUCCUUUCUUAUUUAAUUGUUUGAUCUGCACACUUAAAUAUUUGCACAUAAAUACUUCCCAAUUAAUAACUUGUCUUAUCCCAAGAAGAAUGGAAAAAUAGUGACCCAGGAUAAAUAGUUAAAUAAGAAAAGUACAAGUUGAGACGC